AUGGGCAAAGACGUUACCAUCGUCACCUACAAGCCGGAUACCCAGAGUACCGAAGAAUAUAUGAUCGUUGUCAACCCUGACGAGUACAAGAAAUAUAAGGAUGGAGACACCUCGGUCGCACCGGCAUUGAUUGUCGAUUCGUUCGAUGUUUUCCACUCCUCCACUGGCCAUACUGGCCAAUGGGGAAAGGCAUCUAAACAACAACUAGAGGGUACUUUUGGUACCUCAAAGGAAGAUGAUGUUGUGGGGCAGAUAUUGAAUAAAGGUGUAUCCAAGACCGGUUCAGGCUUUGCAUCGAAGACCGGAAAUAAGAAUGACAAGAACUUAUCCCAGGGGAGCGGGGAGAGUGUAUAUGCUGGGCUCGCAAUCGAUUCAAUCAUUGAAUACACAUUCCACGCAUGCACGUCUCCUUGGGCUGCAUCUCUUGUGAGACUGUGGCUAGAUGAAUCAUCCCGGGUCGGUUCGAAAAAUUACGUACCGGAGAAUGUUUCCGAAGACGGGGUAAACUCUGGCAUGCCCGUUCGGUCAUUGAAUUCUUCAAUGACCUUCAGGUGGGCGGCGACAAGUACGCGCCUGAGACUGGCAGGGAGAGGAUUUCACUCUACAUCGCUCGAGGGCUACUCACAGCAAGCGCGAGGAGCCCAUACCGAUGGAGAAAAGUUCCUUCGUCCGUCAGCCCAUACAGAUAUCCGAAUUCGUAAAAGAGCUGUUGCACCAACUGCCUUCUCCCGAUAUAAUUAUAGCCGAACAGCCUACCAACGCCCCUUAGGCAAGCCACCCGACGAUCUCCUUGACGAAAAUGGCAAUCCUUUACAAGAGCACCAAGGUAGCUUAAACAACGUUGCGGUUAAAGAGGUAAAUGGAGAUGCGCAAUACCCUUCAAAAGCGUCAACUAGCGGAACAGAGCAACCACUGACCCUAUCUGGCACGGGGUCUCAGCAAGAUCAUCCUGACCUAAUCCCGCAGUUCAUCGCCCUAGACUCUAGGGAACUACAUACCGAGAAAGCCUGGGACUUGUGGAAUAAAAUCAUUUCAAACGAACUGGCUGCUCAGGUCCCUAUCUAUUUCAUAAUUCACUUUGUGGAUACGUGCGCCGAUAAUACCUUGAACUCGACACGCCACCCAGCACGUGGCAGUAGCCCACAAGAUCCUUGGAUUGCCCGAAUCGGCUCCGUGCUAAAUUAUCUAUCGACGUCUUAUCGACCACUGGGGGGUUCGGAACAAGUCGAACUUGGACUCGUAAGGAUAAAACAUGCUCUACUUUCAAACGAGGGUUCCCUGGAAGUAGCCAGGGCCGAAUUAGAAAACUUGUGGCGGUUAAAAUCCCUUGAUUCACCCAUCUUCCUUGGAGCUAUAUUUCAUGCAAUUCGGAACAUUGUUCAAGCUCAACCCAACUUGUCUAAUACGAUCGAUUUGCUAAUCGACUACUGGGAUGCUAUUCAUCCAGCGCUUGUCGGUUUUGCGCGCUACACCGACCAGACACCACGUGCACCCCAAGAAGCCUUGUUACUGCAGGAGGCCGUGUACACAUUAUUCUCGCAUGAAGUUUGGCCAUCCGUAUGGGUAUAUGACCGAUUCUCGAAAUUUGAACGGAGUCGAGCUGAGCGCUUGGCUCUACUUUUUCUCGCUUUUGCGGCUCAGCGGCGACUUGCUCUCGAGGUCGGGAACGCAUAUGCUCUAGUAUCCCAAACUGGCAUCCCAGUCUCAUAUCGUUUGCUACAACUGGUCAUACGCAUACUGAUAAAGGACGGUCAAUUUGCGCUAGCAAUGACUGCGUUAGAUGCCGAUGCGCUCAACGCAGCUGGACGUAAAUCCCAUUAUCGGCUACGAAUGCGUUUGGCAGCUGCAAUGGGCGAUUCUAAGACAGCGGCAGAGAUAUACGAGCUCAUGACUAAACUCCAGUAUAUGGACCAAAUAGACCAGGAAUUGCUGCUACAGACGGAAGCUAUCCAGGGCAAUGCGGAGCGCGCGGUUACUUUAUUCGAUGAACUAUUUCGCCCCAGCAUUGGAAAGAGUACAUCCAAACCCAACAAAUACCAUUAUUCUACGGUUAUUGCUGCUCACGCCCGUAACGGCAGUGAGAAAGGCGCAUCUGAAUGGCUAAAGCGGAUGGCGAAAGCCGGUAUCCCCCCAGAUCUCGCUGUAUAUAACUCUAUCCUACAUAUCUUCGCCCUCAAAAACGACGUUACGAGCGUCGUGGGUGUCCUAAAGCGUAUGAAGAAGUCGGGUAUUGAACGGGACAUCCGCACUGUUACGAUCCUCGUAUCCAUGUAUGCGAGGCGGAGAGACCCCAUGGGUGCUGAGCAAGUUAUACGCCACGCCCUUACCAUCCCUGGAUUCAUACCCGACAGGAAGCUUCUUAAUAGCCUUCUCAGCGCGCAUAUUAACGGAGCAUCGUGGCUUGGCGUCAUUCGUGUAUUUGACUGGAUGGUUUCGAUGAAGUCCUCCGAUUUUCGGCCGGAAAUUGACACGAUGAACAAUGUCCUCAAGGCUUAUGUUCAUAUGGGUGCCCCGCUCUCUACAGUAGUCCACGCUUUCUCGAAGCUUAAGAGUUUUGGCCUACGGCCGAAUUCUCGGAGCUACCUGAUGCUUAUUCAAUCGGCCUGUGACGCCGGUCGUAUGGAUGUCGCAUGGCGUGCGUUCAACGAAUUGGAAGCAACCGCUACGAAGCAAUUCAAUCCUAUCAACGCAUAUAUCCUCACGUUACUCAUGGGCGGCUAUCUGCGCAAGGGCGAUAAAAUCCAAGCAAGGACGAUAUAUGAAGAAAUGCAAGCCCGAGGAAUCCACCCCACUGCCGUAUCCUUUCGCGUAAUACUUAGUGCGUACGCUAACGAGCGCACAGAAGAAAGUUUAGAAGCAGCCGAAAGGUUCAUGGGAUCGCUUUUAGAGUCGAGCCCUCAUCAGGGUGAAGGAUGGCGAAAAGCGACGACUGGCGACAGUGAUCCUAUAAUGACUGUAUUCACUCCUCUACUCGUGGCGCAUGGACGGUCUCUUCAUCCCUCAAACGUCGAAGCCAAAUUCCGUCAGAUGCUCGACUUGGGUGCAGAGCCAACCGUCGAGUCAUUUACACUCCUAAUGGAUGCCUAUCGGCGUGUAGGGAGCACCGAUUUGGUGGUCGAAGCAUGGGAACAACUGUACAAAUUUGCAGUCAAGGAUCACCAUGCCCAAAUUGAAUCGACCCAGAAAUUCGGUGAAUCGGACACAAUGACUAGCCGGCGUUCCAACGUUCUAUGCAUUGGACUAUCCGUUUAUAUUGACGCACUAUCACAAGCUGGGCGACAUCGAGAGAUCGCACUUACUUGGCAAAAGGCUAGGAAAGACGGUUUUGCCUUUGAUGCCCACAAUUGGAACCAUUUGUCGAUUGCAUUAGUUCGCGCAGGGGAGCCGGAGCGCGCAUUCGAGGUCGUUGAGCGAGUACUCAUACCGUACAGUCAGUUUACCGAUCGGGCUAUCAAGACGCGCAACCGCGAAGCUCCCAGCUUGCUAACGGAGGGGCCGGAUAUCCCUUCAAGUGCAAAUGAAAGCCAAACUACACUUGUUAAACCCCGUGAACGUCCCCGUGUAAUGCGCUCACUCACAAAACGGGGUGUGGCUGAAUUGCUUGAAGAGGAGGCAGAUCCGACUGAUAUGGUUUACUCGCUGCAUAUAUUACAUCAGAUGUCUCCGACCCAAAACCUGUGGGUCCCGCACCAACGAACGCUUGUAGAAAUAGCCAUGGCCGCUCAACGAUUGAAGCGGGGACUAAUGGUGACACCACGAGCAUCACAUGGACAAGGAACACCGAGCAACGACGUGCGGUCCGACGAAGCCUACGCCAUUCUAGACCGGAUCAAGCAAGAGUAUCCAAAUGCCCUAUAUGCGAGUCUCAUGGCAUUAUCAAGCGUCCGAGACCAUACACUUAUUGAUAAGGAGCGCGGUCUUACAGCUGACUGA